UCCAAAUACUAGGAAAAGCCAAAAGAGGAGUUGUUUCAUCAAUCAAACCUAACCUAUCACAUAUCAGAAACAAGAAUGACAAGACUCUAAAGAAAUAUAUUUACAUAAAGAAGAAAGAAAAAUCGAAUAAAUAAAUUUAAUAUUCUUUUUCUCUAGAUUUCGAUUAGAUCUUUGAGAAAAUUUAAUAAAAGACAAGAAUUUGGCGAGAUACAUAGCAACAUGACGGACACCAACACUGCCCGGACGAUCGUCGGAAUCAUCGGAAACGUGAUCGCCUUCGGCUUGUUCUCCGCUCCAAUACCAACGAUGGUGAAGAUAUGUAAGAUGAAAUCGGUGUCAGAGUUUAAGCCAGAUCCAUACGUAGCUACAGUUUUAAACUGCAUGAUGUGGACCUUUUACGGACUUCCUUUUGUCCAACCUGAUAGUCUCCUCGUCAUCACCAUUAAUGGGGCUGGUCUUGUCAUGGAACUCGUGUAUGUCGUCAUCUUCUUCAUCUUUGCUACCUCGCCUGUCCGCAAAAGGAUCACAAUAGCUAUGGUGAUUGAGGUGAUAUUCAUGGCUGUGGUGGUCUUCUGCACAUUGUAUUUUUUGCAUACAACAAAACAGAGAUCUAUGCUUGUUGGGAUCUUAUGCAUUAUUUUCAAUAUUAUCAUGUAUGCUUCUCCUUUAACCGUCAUGGCACUUGUAAUAAAGACAAAGAGCGUGAAGUAUAUGCCGUUCUUCUUGUCAUUAGCCAACUUCAUGAAUGGAGCCAUUUGGAUUGUUUAUGCAUGUCUAAAAUUUGACCUCUAUAUUUUGAUCCCAAAUGCUCUUGGAUGCAUAUCAGGAACAAUACAAUUUAUAUUAUACGCACUUUACUAUAAAACAACUAACUGGAGCGACGACGAUGAAGAUAAAGAAAAGAGCAAUUUGAAUGCUGAAAUCGAGCUUUCACAAGCUUGAUAAUUGCAGCUACGGAUUGCACUUUCCCAUUUUAUCUUCUGUUUUACAAAAAAUGCCAUCUUCGAGUGGUGAGACCAGUUUCAUCGUUAGGUUUAGUAUCAGAAGAAAUGCUAACGAAAAUGAGGAACCCUUGAAGUUAAACGUUUCUUGAGUAGGAAGAAAGAAAGGGGUAUCAUUUUCUUUUUGGUUGAAAAUUGAAAUGAUUAUAACUUU